AUGGAUUCAUCAAUACUUUCAUCUUGUGCAUCUCUUAAAGGAGUUGGAAGAACCAGAAACACUGUUUUCUUAGGGAUCAAUGAUUUUGAAGACUCCACGACUUUUCAAGAUGGACCCUAUUUUGAUACUCCUAAAGCAGACCCUAAAAGUGUUGCUUCAAUCAUUUUGGGUGGUGGUGCUGGAACUCGCCUUUUUCCUCUUACUAGCAAAAGAGCUAAACCUGCUGUUCCAAUUGGAGGGUGUUAUAGGCUCAUUGAUGUUCCUAUGAGCAAUUGCAUCAACAGUGGGAUUAGAAAAAUAUUCAUCUUGACACAGUACAAUUCUUUCUCACUCAACCGGCAUUUGUCUCGCGCGUAUAAUUUUGGAAAUGUUUCUACUUAUGGUGAGGGUUUUGUGGAGGUAUUGGCGGCAACUCAAACAUCUGGAGAGGCGGGGAAGAAAUGGUUCCAAGGGACAGCUGAUGCUGUGAGGCAAUUUUUAUGGGUUUUUGAGGAUGCUAAGACCAAGAAUGUUGAGCAUAUAUUGAUACUUUCCGGUGAUCAUCUUUACCGAAUGAACUAUAUGGAUUUUGUACAGAAACACAUCGACACAAAUGCUGAUAUCACAGUUUCGUGUCUUCCAAUGGACGACAGUCGAGCAUCAGAUUAUGGGUUGAUGAAAAUUGACGGAACAGGACGGAUUAUACAGUUUGCUGAAAAACCUAAGGGAUCAGAUUUGAAAGCAAUGCGCGUUGAUACCACGGUUCUUGGGUUAUCUCCCGAAGAAGCAAAGAAACAGCCUUAUAUUGCGUCCAUGGGUGUCUACGUGUUUAGAACUGAGACCCUACUUGAACUAUUAAAAUUGAACGGUUCUACAUGCAAUGACUUCGGAUCUGAAAUCAUCCCGUCUGCUGUUAACGGGCACAAUGUCCAGGCAUUUUUGUUCAAUGACUACUGGGAAGAUAUUGGAACCAUAAAGUCCUUCUUUGACGCAAAUCUGGCCCUAACAGAACCGUAUCCAAAAUUUCAAUUCUAUGAUCCAAAGACACCUUUCUUCACUUCACCAAGAUUCCUACCUCCCACUAAAGUAGAAAAAUGCAAGAUUGUGGAUGCAAUUAUUUCUCAUGGUUGCUUCUUGAGAGAAUGUAGUGUUCAACAUUCUAUUGUUGGUAUACGCUCCCGUUUAGAGUCUGGUGUGGAGCUUCAGGAUACCAUGAUGAUGGGUGCUGAUUACUAUCAAACUGAGGCUGAAAUUGCAUCUCUGCUGGCAGAAGGAAAUGUCCCAAUCGGUGUUGGAGAAAAUACCAAAAUCAGGAAUUGUAUAAUCGACAAGAAUGCAAAAAUCGGAAGAAAUGUUACCAUUACCAAUGCGGAUGGUGUUGAAGAAGCAGAUAAAACUAAGGAAGGAUUUUACAUUAGGUCAGGCAUCACCGUUAUACUGAAGAAUGCAACAAUUAAAGAUGGAACAGUUAUAUGA